AAACUCUUCACGAAGUAAAACCCUGGGGACUCCCGCUGCUUUUCGCCCCCAUCGCUUGAAUCUCUUUUUCCCUUCAGCAAUCUUACAAUGUCCUCCUCAGCCGUGCAAGAAAUCCGAGAUCACGUCAAAGCUCAACUCAACGGUGGAGCUACUAUUGUCGUUCUCGGUGCCUCUGGUGACUUAGCAAAGAAGAAGACCUAUCCUGCCAUUUUCAAAUUGUUCAAGAAUGGAUUCCUUCCCGAAAAAACCCACAUUGUCGGUUAUGCUAGAACCAAAAUGACACACGAAGAAUACAUCCAGCGUAUCUCACAAUACAUUAAGGUUCCCGAUAAUGAAGCAGCGAAAAAGCAGUUGAAUGACUUUUUGGCCAUUACUUCUUACCAAUCCGGCCAAUAUGACCAAGAUGAAGGCUUCCAGAACCUCGACUCUUACAUCUCCAAGUUCGAGAGUGAAAGCGGCUUCGCUGAAGGCAACCGUCACAGAAUUUUUUAUAUGGCUCUCCCUCCCUCUGUGUUCAUUCCUGUAGCUAAGGGAAUCAAAAAGAAUACCUACUCUGCCAACAGCAUCAACCGCCUUGUGGUUGAAAAGCCAUUUGGUAUGGACUCUGAGAGUUCAGACCAUCUUGCUCGUGAGCUUGGUGCUCUCUUCAGCGAAGACGAGAUCUACCGUAUUGAUCACUACCUUGGCAAAGAAAUGGUCAAGAACUUGAUGACACUUCGAUUCGCCAAUGUUUUCUUUGGACAAAUUUGGGAUAGACGUAAUAUCGAAAAUGUUCAGAUUACCUUCAAGGAACCAUUCGGAACUGAAGGUCGUGGUGGCUACUUUGAUGAAUUCGGUAUCAUUAGAGAUGUUAUGCAAAACCAUUUGUUGCAAGUCUUGUCAUUGAUUGCUAUGGAGCGACCUAUCUCCACUGAUGCUGAAGCCAUCCGUGAUGAGAAGGUCAAGGUCUUGCGAUGCAUCCCUCCUAUCCAAUUGGAGGACGCUCUUCUUGGACAAUACGUUGGCGAUGGCGAGAAGCCCGGUUAUCUUGAAGAUGACAGUCUUAAGAACAAGGAAAGUGUUACCCCUACAUUCGCUGCCUUAUCGCUUUUCAUUGAGAAUGAGCGUUGGGAAGGCGUUCCUUUCAUUCUCAAGGCAGGAAAGGCUUUGGACCAAGCAAAGGUUGAAAUCCGUAUUCAAUUCAAGAAUGUGUCCGGUAACUUGUACAAGAACACCCCCAGAAACGAGCUUGUUUUGCGAGUGCAGCCAAGCGAGGCUGUUUACGUGAAGAUGAACAACAAGCACCCUGGUUUGUCUUUCCAAACCAUUCAAUCUGAGAUGGACCUUACAUACAACCGAAGAUACUCGGAAAUGUCAAUCCCCGAUGCCUAUGAAGCUCUUAUCUUGGAUGUUCUUCGUGGCGAUCACUCUAACUUUGUCAGAGACGAUGAGCUUGAUGCUGCCUGGAAGAUCUUCACUCCUUUGUUACACAAGAUUGACAAUGACAAAGUCCAACCCAAGCCUUACAAGUAUGGUAGCCGAGGCCCUGAGGAGUUGGACCAAUUUAUUGAAAAGUACGGUUAUGACCGUACAGGCUCCCACUCUUAUGUGUGGCCUGUUCAAAGUGUAGGCGACCAGCCUUCAAAGCUUUAAAGUAGGCAUAAUUUGUGAAUAGAAAUUGCUGCUCUUAUAUCAUUUUUUUUUUUCCUCUCCCUCCUCUUUUUUUUUUUUUAUCUAUCAUAAAAUCUCUUGGAUAAAAAGCAAAUGCCAAUUUCUUGGUCAAAGAGG